CCGGAUAACAUGUGCUUAACAGAACAGAUGGAGGUCAUCGAGAUUCGAAUAGGAGACCUUGUGGUCACUUAAAGCUCUGAUGUCAUGUCAAGAACCAAUUAAUCAAAAUAACUCAAAUUAUUGAGAGAUGUAAUCAAAAUUACUAACAAGUACUCAAUACUCCUUUGUUCCUGGAAAGAAAUUUUGCAUUAUGCAACAAGGGGUCUUUUUGUUGCUGGAAUUAUUUUAUCGAGAUUCUUAGAGUACUUUUAUUCUUUAGAAUCUACUGUUUUUCAUUGUUAUGCAUAACUAUCAUUCAAAAUAAAUGACUGUACAAUUUUAGUUUAAAACUAUGACCCUACUGUUUCCGUUAUAUGAUUGUACAAUCUCCAUUAAAAUUUAAAAGUUGAGAUUGUUGUCUUAUUUUUAUUUCGUGUUUAUUCUGUGAAAAUGUUUUUUUAUGAAAAAAAUGUACAAGUGGCAUUUUUGUUAAUAAGUGAUUUUCCUCCUUAAUUAUUAAAAAUAGAAUCACACAUACCAUCUAUUGUAAUCUAUAAUACACGAAAUUUUAUUUGUGAGGUACUAUUUAUUCUCAAAAUUCUAGUAAAAAACAAAUGUGAUUCCAGGGCGAGUGGUAAUGUGGUAAUUAAACAAAUUUGUUCUCAAAAUAUAUCGAACAUGAAUAUCAAUUUAUAAAUCACAAAUAUUUAAUCUCUAUCUUUUGAUCUAACCUCGCUCAAAAUUUAAAAAGUGCAAUCUCAUUAUACAAAAAGUGCAUAAUCAAGGAAUAUGCAGUCUAGACCCAAAUCCGGGCAUAUGUAUGAAACUAGUGAAAACUCAAAUUUGUUUCCGCCUUCAACUCGGUUAAGCGGAAGAGCGAGCCGACUUCACCAUCUCUCGGUCUCUGUUUUUUUCUGGGUUUUUCUGACUCCUCCUUAUUGCUCUCCAAAUCCAAACCAAAUUCGCCACGUUCUCACACGCCCUCCCAUGGACCCACCACCACACUAGUUGCUCCCAAUCCAAUCCCUUUAAAUACCACCCCCACUCACUUCUCACUCUCUCAUUCCCUCCCCAACUCAAACUUUCCCUUCUCCCUCUUCUCUCUCUCCCUCCGCCGCCGUGCCGGAAUUAAUCCUCCACAACGGCCGCCUGCAAACUCUAGCCUCACCACCGCCCCUAAAAACCCCACAUUAAUUAAUUCUAUACCAAAUGGCACCUCCAAACGGAGCCGCCGCCGACCUCACACAACCCUUGGUCGACUCCCACCUCCACCCGGACCCGCUCCCUUCCCCCAAAUCUCCCCCGCCGCCGCCUGCAGAGCCGCCCCACUGCGGCAGCAACGAGCUCGAAAACGUCCUGUCCGAUUCCAACCUCCCCUUCGCCGCUAGGUUCAGGCGGGCCACCGCCAUCGAAUCGAAGCUCCUCUUCCACCUCGCCGCCCCCGCCGUCAUCGUCUACAUGAUCAACUACCUCAUGUCCAUGUCCACCCAGAUCUUCGCCGGCCACCUCGGCAACCUCGAGCUCGCCGCCGCCUCCCUCGGCAACACCGGCAUCCAAGUCUUCGCCUACGGCCUCAUGCUGGGGAUGGGAAGCGCGGUAGAGACACUGUGCGGGCAAGCCUACGGAGCCCAAAAGUACAAAAUGCUGGGGGUCUACCUCCAGCGGUCAACCGUGCUCUUGACCCUGACCGGCGUCGUUUUGACCCUCGUCUACGUCUUCUCCCGCCCCAUCCUAAUCCUCCUGGGCGAGUCGCCGGAAAUCGCCUCAGCCGCGGCCGUGUUCGUGUACGGGCUCAUCCCGCAGAUCUUCGCGUACGCCAUCAACUUCCCGAUCCAGAAGUUCCUGCAGGCGCAGUCCAUCGUGGCGCCGAGCGCGUACAUCUCGGUGUUCACGCUGGCGAUCCACCUGGUGCUGAGCUGGGUCGCGGUCUACAAGCUCGGGAUGGGCUUGCUGGGCGCGUCGCUGGUGCUCAGCCUCUCGUGGUGGAUCGUGGUCGCGGCCCAGUUCCUCUACAUACUCUAUAGCAGCAGGUGUAAGUACACGUGGGACGGGUUCAGCUCGCAGGCCUUUGUUGGGCUCGGCGGCUUCUUCAAGCUCUCCGCCGCCUCCGCGGUGAUGCUGUGCCUGGAGACGUGGUACUUCCAGAUCCUCGUCCUCAUCGCCGGCUUGCUCCCCGAUCCUGAACUCGCGCUCGACUCGCUCUCGGUCUGCAUGACGAUAUCGGGAUGGGUGUUCAUGAUCUCCGUUGGCUUCAAUGCCGCCGCAAGUGUGAGGGUGGGAAACGAAUUGGGAGCAGGUCACCCGAAAUCGGCGGCAUUCUCCGUGACGAUGGUGACGUCGAUGUCAUUCGUGAUCGCCGUCAUCGCCGCCGUGGUCGUGCUGGCUUUCCGGAACGUGGUCAGCUACAUCUUCACCGACGGGGAGACGGUGGCCGCCGCGGUCUCCGAUCUCUGCCCACUCCUUGCCGUCACCCUUGUCCUCAACGGGAUCCAGCCUGUCUUGUCGGGUGUGGCUGUUGGGUGUGGAUGGCAAGCAUUUGUGGCUUACGUCAACGUUGGAUGUUAUUACUUCCUCGGAAUCCCGCUCGGCAUUUUCUUUGGGUUUUACCUCAAUUACGGCGCUAAGGGAAUUUGGACGGGAAUGAUUGGCGGGACGGCGCUACAGACGGUGAUUUUGUUAUGGGUGACAUUCCGAACGGAUUGGGACAAAGAAGUGGAAGAGUCUUUGAAGAGGCUGAACAAGUGGGACGACAAGAAACAACCACUCCUUGAAUGAUUGGUUAUUUUUGGGAUGAUGGUGAUAUAGAUAAAUGAGACUUUGAUGGUCGUCGACCGACCGAGAAAGAGCCAAAGCUAGCCGACGGCCGGAACCUACCGGAGCAUUGUGCAAGAGAGAGAGAGAGAGAGAGAGAGAGACAGAGACAGAGGGCGCCGUAUACAGUUUGUUCUGUUUGGGGAUAUCAAUUAAUUUGUUAAUUAAUUGGGGUAAAUUAGUGUGUGGGGAAAGUGUGUAAUGGGUGGUGUUUACGUUGUUCCAUUUUGUAACAAGUCUCUUUUUAAUUAGUGACAAUAUAUAUAUAUAAUUACUAAUUAAUAAUCAUUAGUCACACUGGCGUUGUCCCAAAUUUCUUGCCUCGAGCCGCCAAAAAAAGGUUUACACCUGUCGUCCAGUGUCCACUCAAUCAUAGAUGGAAAAUCCCAAUUUGGUCACACUCUUAUACUUACCAAGAUGGGUUGGGACUUGGGAGUGGGACUCUAAUUUCCAUGGUAUAUAUAUAUAAUUAUAUAUAAACAAACAUAGUCGUCGACAUGAACACUAUAACCAGGAUAUGUGAAUGGACGGGAAAAUUUCCCUAAAUGACACUUAAUAAAACAAAUUACUCCACUUACACUUACAUUUUUCAAAAUACUAAAGUUUGAGAUGGUUUGCUGAACACCUAAGCGAAUUCGAUGGAGUUGGACGCGAGGUACAUGUACUUCUCUGUAACUAGAACAAUCCAACUGGUUUGCGUUGGAGCUCAACGAUUGGUUGAUACCCAGCGACACAGAUCAUGACACUGGAUUGUGCACACGUAAAAAAGUGAUUUGUGUCGAUGGUUGCUAAGUGGCCCGUUUCUAUGAUGCAGGUUGUGGUGAGGAGGGCGGACAACCGUUGAUAAGAAAAGUCUAUUAUGGCUAGGCUACCCUAGUCUCCAAUGGUAGAGAUCAACAGAGCUUCAAUGGCCCGUCUCUCUUUACUCGCAUGUCUGUUGCUGGUUUGGUUGUGUUAUUGCUUUAUGUUAAUGAAAUGGUCAUCACCGACACUGAUCUUGAUGGUAUUUGCAGUCUGAAAGAAGGUCUUCAUGCGUCGUCCAGUUUGAAAGAUCUGGGUGAACUUUCUUAUUUCCUGGGUAUUGAAGUCACACGCACUUCCAAGGGUAUUCUGCUAACUCAACAAAAUGCAUCUCUAGCCUCCUUGCUGGUAAUCAGUUUAAUGACUGUAAACCUAUUUCCACUCCCCAUAUGGAGCCUAAUGUCAAGCUAGGCCGUGACUUUGGCACGCUAGUGCAUGAUAGUACUGUGUAUAGGAGCAUUGUUGUAUCCUCGUAUAUUUGUCUGCUACGUCAUAUAUCUCCUAUGCAAUCUAUGUUGUUAGUCAAUCAUGUCUACUCCUCAUACAGAUCAUCUUGAAACGGUUCAUCGUAUGCUACGGUAUCUGUUGAGUACUUAGGAUGUUUGUAUGUCUUUCCCUCCACUGGUACUGCUACUCUUCGUGCAUAUUAGGAUUCCGACUUUGUUGGCUGCAUCGACACUCGUUGUUCUGCUACUGGGUGGUAUGUUCAAUUUGCCUCAACCUUUAUCUUGUGGUGGUGUAAAAAGUAGGAUAAAGUUUCAAAGUCUUCUCUAUAGGCUUGGUGGUAUGUCCUAUUCCCAUGGAUCUCUUUGUGGACUAUACGAGUGUUAUUCGUAUUGUGGCCAACCUAGUGUUUCACGAUCAUAUGAAGCAUAGUAGCAUUACUAAGAUUCAUGUUCAUUACAUCUGUGAUUAGGAUGGGAUGGUGUUGUUACACUUCAUUAUGUUUGGACUAAAGAUCAUAUUGAUGACAUCUUCACAAAGGCAUUCUCCACCAAUCGACAUUGGUAUCUCUCGAGCAAAUUGGUGCUUGUGCUAUGUGAUCAACAUCAAUUUGAGGAGCUUGUUAACAGAAUGAAAGACCUAUUUCAUUUCUUCCUUGUACAAUCCAGUAGAGAUAGCCCACCAAGCCCAUUGUAUAAUCCGUGUAGCCCAAGUGUGAGUAGCAUGUCGAGUAGUAGUGGCUAACUCUAGGGUUCGAUUUCUAGCUUCUUCCUUGUAUAUAGUCCUGACAAACAAGGAAGCUACUGUAACAUAUAAUCAUUAUCUUCACAAAAUAAUAUUAGUACCCCAAAGAGUAAUCUGACCCUUUUGUGGAUUAAUUCGGAUCAUACCACGUAAAUUCAAUUGUUCAUUUUCAGUUUUUCUGUCUAUUUCCGAUUGAUCAAACAAUUUACCGAGUGAGUUGAUAGAUACCUCCAGUUUAUAAUUUGUUGGGCCAAAUUAAUCUUUUGUUUCUUUUUUUUUAAUAAAGAUCUGGAUCAUUUCAUUAAGUGGUGGAAAUUUGGUUACAAUCAACCCUUAGGAAUACAGGGGGAUCUAGCAACUAUAGGUGUCAAAAACAUGACCCGACCCGAGUAACCCGCCCGCAACCCGAUUGGACUAAAAGUAAAAAACCCGCAACCCUAUUGACCUGCAACCCACUUGAACCAAACCCGAUUGACUUGUAACCCGCUUGACCCGUAACCCGACUAAUCCGAACCCGAUUAACCCAACUCGAACUCGCCCGGUUGACAUGAAUCAUACUACAUAAUAUAUUUUGGUGCAUAAAUAUUAUAUGUAGAUAAAGGUUUACUUUGUGUUGACAACUGUCAUUAAAUUGAAUCACAUAAUAGUCUCACUAUCUCAUUAGAUAAGUAGAAAUCCUAGGAGGGUUAUCAACAUUUUACAUUUGGUUGAUGUAUAUAAAUAAUAUAUAUAGAUAACACAUAAACAUGAUUUUACAUU